UGGCGGAUGCACACCCUUCCCCCACCCCUGAUGGGGGGGGUGGUAGUGCAGACUCUGGAGGGGCUGCCGGGACGUCGCAGCGUGCACGCAGGUUGUGGGGUUCGGGGUGACCCUAGAGGGGCGGACACUCAGGCCCAGUGUGGAACACUGGGUGAAAUCUGGAAACUGCAACCAGGUCCGGCCCUGGGAUAGAAACUCAAACUCAGACCUGGUGUUGCGUUGCAGCCCUGGAGUGGGUUGUACAGGCUAGGGAUACGGGGACAAACGGUGCUCGGUCCGCAACCUGUGGGUGGAGCCAAGAUCUGGGGCCUUGGGAGUCCGAGACCCAGACUAAGAUGGAGCAUUUAUAAGGCUCUGUGUUGUCUGAUUUGAGGGCCUCAUACGGGUCCCUACAGCUUUUAAGGGUGGGGCAGAUACAUGGGCAUUAAAGGAGCGGCCAAGAGCAGCGGGCAGAGGUAGCUCCUGAGGGACAGUAUUCAUGGGGGCGUGUCCCAGGCUGCUGUGGGCCUGGGAAAGGUGACAAACUAGUCAGGCGACUGGGUUGAACUGCCAAAGGUGAGCAAUUAGGAGGUUGGAACCCUUCGCUGAGCGGGAGAAGGGGCUCAGUCCUGGCUCACCUUCUUCCUGGAGAGAACUUGGCCAGACACCCAGAGGCUGGAUCAGGAGCUGACCACAAGCCAAGAGUCUAGAAGUGCUUGGGACUGAACCAAGGUCGUCAUGGCCCCACCACCACUCCUGCCAGUGGCUGCCAGCACUCCGAUCCUGCACGGCGAGUUUGGUUCCUACCCAGCCCAUGGCCCCAGGUUUGCCCUCACCCUCACGACACAAGCCCUACACAUACAGCGACUGCGCCCAAAGCCAGAAGCCCGGCCCCGAGAUGGUCUAGUCCCUCUGGACGAGGUCUCAGGCUGUGGCACUCUGCAGAGCCGUAGCCCCGAAGACACUGCAGCCUACUUCUGCAUCUACACCUACCCACGUGGCCGGCGCGGGGGCCGGCGCAGAGCUACUCGUACCUUCCGGGCCGACGGGGCCGCCACUUAUGUGGAGAAUCGUGCAGAGGCCCAGCGUUGGGCAACUGCUCUCAUGUGUCUCCUCCGAGGAGUGCCUCUGUCUGGGGACCAGGAAAUCACCCCUGAAUUGCUGCCCCGGAAGCCCAGGCUGCUCCUAUUGGUCAAUCCUUUUGGGGGGCGGGGCCUGGCCUGGCAGCGCUGUAUGGACCACGUGGUGCCCAUGAUCUCUGAAGCUGGGCUGUCCUUCAACCUCAUACAGACAGAACGACAAAACCAUGCACGUGAGCUGGUGCAGGGGUUGAGCCUGAGUGAGUGGGAAGGCAUUGUCACUGUGUCCGGAGAUGGGCUGCUUUAUGAGGUGCUGAAUGGGCUCCUCGACCGCCCAGAUUGGGAAGACGCUGUGCGGAUGCCCAUUGGUGUCCUCCCCUGUGGUUCGGGCAAUGCACUAGCUGGGGCAGUUAACCAUCAUGGCGGGUUUGAGCAGACUGUUGGUGUUGACCUGUUGCUCAACUGCUCGCUUCUUCUCUGCCGGGGUGGCAGCCAUCCUCUGGACCUGCUCUCUGUGACGCUAGCCUCAGGAUCCCGCUGUUUUUCCUUCCUGUCAGUUGCCUGGGGAUUCUUGUCAGAUGUGGACAUUCACAGCGAGCGCUUCAGAGCCCUGGGCAGUGCUCGAUUCACACUGGGUGCAGUGCUAGGCCUGGCCACAUUGCAUACCUACCGUGGACGUCUCUCCUACCUCCCUGCUACCACAGAACCAGCCUUGCCCGUCCCAGGCCAUGGUCUGCCAAGAGCCAAGUCAGAACUAGCCUUGGCCCCGGCCCCAGCCCCAGCCACCACCCACUCACCUCUUCAUCGAUCUGUGUCUGACCUGCCCCUGCCCCUUCCCCAGCCUGCUCUGGCCUCCCCUGGCUCCCCUGAGCCCCUGCCUGACCUGUCCCUCAAUGGUGGUGGUCCAGAGCUGACUGGAGACUGGGGGGGAGCUGGGGAUGCACCUUUGUCCCCAGACCCAUUGCUGCCUUCAUCCCCCAACGCUUUCAAAACAGCUCAGCUUUCACCCAUCGCCGAAGGGCCCCCAGAAAUGCCAGCAUCCUCAGGGCUGCUGCCUCCCAUCCACAGUGCUCCAGAAGCCUCUACCUGGGGCCCAGCGGACCACCUGCUCCCUCCCCUGGGCUCUCCACUGCCCCAAGACUGGGUGACAAUAGAGGGGGAGUUUGUACUCAUGUUGGCCAUCUUGCCAAGCCACCUCUGCGCAGACCUGAUGGCAGCCCCACACGCACGUUUUGACGAUGGCGUGGUGCACCUGUGCUGGGUGCGGAGCGGCAUCUCACGGGCCGCACUUCUGCGCAUUUUGCUGGCCAUGGAACAUGGAAACCACUUCAGCCUGGGCUGCCCACAUCUGGGCUAUGCUGCAGCACGUGCCUUCCGCCUUGAGCCACUCACGCCUCGUGGGGUGCUCACUGUAGAUGGGGAAUUAGUAGAGUAUGGGCCAAUACAGGCACAGGUGCAUCCAAGUCUCGCCACACUGCUCACUGGGCCUGCAGGUCAAAAGCCUCGAGCCUGAAUGAGCCGAAAGCAUGCCAAGUUGGUGGGACCAGAACCCCAUAGGCUAAGGUCUACCUUUUAUAGGUAGAAGUGGGGCCUGAACUCAGAACUGCAAGGGUAGAGAGUGCUCCAGACCCUCAGUUCCCAGAGGACCCUAGAGGCUUGAGGGUGGGAUCUGCCUUUCUUGAUGUCCAAUGAUGGGGCCUGGAAUGUAUGAGCUAGCAAGGCUUCUUCAGCUUACUGUCCAGCCAGGGUUUCUUCUUGCCUAUUUCGGUGCCUCUACUUGACUGGCCAAUCAGCCCUUGAGGGGCAGGUUCCCCCAGGUGGUCCCCAGAUUUGCACUAAUGUUCUCCUGGCCAGUUAGGGGUGGGAUGUUCUGUGUCUUGUGUGUCCCUGUCCCUAGUCUAAAAAGCAAUUGAAAAGGUCUAUGCAAUAAAGGUGUUGCUUUCCUCUGGA